AGAGUCACAAAAAGAGAGGGAAAUUGACCGGAAAGGAAGUGUUAACAGAGCUCUGCUUCGCUGCAAGCAAUUCCGAGUGUCAAAAUGAGUUCUCGAUUAGUGGGUGUGAUGGCCACGCCCACGCGGGAUCAGCGUCGUCAGCGUUCAAUCUCCCCUAGCUCGAUUCUGUCGCCCUCGCCCCGAAAUCGUAAACGAUCGUGCGCUUUACCGCCCCAAUUUCGUCCCUUAUUGCCCACCUCCGCGCGAAAACGUCCCGCCUCCCCUAGUCCCCCAUCCACUAUGGACAGCAUUGGCCAACAGAGUUUUUAUGGGCGUGGUGACGGUAAAUUAGUUUCACGAUCUGAAACGGCGGGGGAAAUCCCGCCUAUUCCCCAAGUCACUCCCGCCAAAAGGUUUAAAAUCAAUUCAUUAAAACGUAGAGUAGCCACGGAACCACGCCCAACCGCCGGCCCGUCACGCCUCAAGCGGCCAACCAAGGCCAAACGAUCCAUAUUUGGUCUGAAUAAAGGCGUGAAUCAUGCCAUUAAGAAACCGAAGCCCGUAAAAACCCCGGCCGUUAAAACCGAGAAAUCGCCCAAACCCGAGAAAACGCCUAAACCAUGUAAACCUAUGUUUAAAGUAGCCCCCGGAUUAACGGGCACGUUGUCUUCUUCAGUGAAUUUUGUGGUCAAGAAUGGCCAAUAUCAGUUCUUACGCCGCCGAUCGCCCCGCAAAAGCCCGUCUAAAGUGUGUUACCUGAACAAUGUGGCGGCCUUAGUGGGGUCACCCGUAGUUCGUCGCACUCCGCGUUUGUUUUCCCCCUCUAGUCAUCAGGACUAUCUCCAGCCUCAUGGGCCCUCACCCGGCAAAGCCAGCCGCUUCAUUCCCAGUCCCGUUCGACAUAGCCCGGUCAAAUUCGACAAAGAAGACGAGGACAUCGCCCAAGAUGUCUCGGGCAUCUUGGAGAGCUUGGACGAAGCGGAGCCCGAAGAUCGGAGUAGCGAUUAUGUCGAGUACGUGGAUGAAGACGAAUUGAACCAAGUGGCUUGGGACGCGGUGAAUGAGAUUGAAAGUCUGAAUUAUGAAGUGGGCAUGGCCACGGGAGUGGUCAACGGUGAAUUGGACACACUACGAUACGACGAUGAGAGUAGCAAUGAUACGUUGUUACGCACACCUAAGAAAAAUGCCUUGGCCUCGCCCUUGAAUCUAACCCCAAGACAAAGUGAUCGGAAAGGUACACCUCAAAAGGAUGACUUCGUCACCCCGCUGAAGAAGCCGUCCACGCCCCGACGGUCAACCAGAAACACCCCCAAUAAGGAGAAUGAUGACCAUGUGUUCUCCAUUUUUGCCAAGGGGGCAAAGUCUGGUUUGAGUCCUCGGAAAGCCUGGCCAGAGUCGAAGAAUGAGAAGAAUCACGGCAAGUCCCGAAAAGGACUGCUUCAAGAUUCGAAUCAAACGGUGAUUGAUGCCGGACAAAAGAAGAUUGGCAGUGAACAGUGUCAAUCGUGCGGGUUCUUUUACACCCCUGGCCAUGUCAAAGAAGAGAAGCUUCACUAUGUCCAUCAUCAGAAGUAUCUCGGAAUCGUGGCUUUUCCGGGAUGGAAAGUGGAGCGAUGCGUUUUCGAAGACCCAAUCAACGACUCCAAGAUCUUAUAUGUGAAGACCAAGGAUCCUAAACGCCAUUGGGACAAAGUGAAGGCGGUUCUUGAAGUGGUCGACGAGUUCCUGGGCGUUUCUCAGAGUGGAUUGCGCCAAGAAUCCAGAUCAGAAGCCUUACUCUAUGUGCUGGGCAAACGUGUGAUCGGCUUUUUGCUGGCCGAGCCCUUGUUAGAGACCGAUCAGUUGUCCAAGUCAUUCUUUAAACAAGAUUCACGUGUGGUCCAGGAUCUUCAGUUGAAUGGUAGCUCAAGGAGGAAACUCUGUGGCGUCUCCCGCAUUUGGGUCCAUGAAGAGCAUCAGAGACAAGGAAUCGCCACCAAGCUCAUGGAUUGCCUCCGAUCUCAGUAUCAUUUGCCCAUGGUGAUGCAAAAGAAUAUGUUGGCUCUUUCCCAUACAUCUGAAAUGGGAUCAGCCUUCGCCACCAAGUAUUUUGGAAGCUCCAAAUUUCUAGUUUAUCGACCUGGACCGAGUGGUUCACUUUAAUGCCGGAUUAAAAGAAAGCAAUUGUUCUAUGUUUUGACUCUACCAUAACGACCCAAAUUAGACCUUAAGUUGUUAGUGAUUACAGAAAAAAAACUCGUUUCACAAACCUUUAGUCUUAUUUUUUCCAUACAUUUUCACAACUAAUGUUUGAACUUUGCUCUGAAGACUUUUGAUGCUAAGAUAGCGCAAGGAGCAAUUUUGGUUCUAAAAUAUAUGAAAUGAAGCAUUA